AUGUGUAUGUAUAUGUGUGUGCGUGUGUGUGUGUGUGAGAAAGCGAGAGAGAGAGAGAGAGAGAGAGAGAGAGAGAGAGACAGAGAGGAAGAACAACACUUCCAAAUAAAAAGAGGAUUGGAAUCAGAGGAGGAGGGGUGCGGGGAAGGAAAAAGAAUUUGGGGGGUACAAAAAAAGAAUUCACUCACUGGAAAAAGCAAAAACACCAAGAAUCAUGUGUCCGAGGCAAAACUGAAGCGAGAGAGAGGGAGCAAGAGGGAGCGAGAGGGAGAGAGCGAGAGGGAGGGAGAGAGAGAGCGAGAGCCGUUCCUGCCCUCUGUCUUUACACACUGCUGCCUGUGUGUGCGCCAUCUCUCUCUGCACUCACACACACAUACACACACACCGCACACGCACACACACACACAGAACGAGGAAGAGGGAGUGAGAGAGAGCGAGAGAGAGAGAGAGGAGAGAGAACACAUCGCAGCAGAGAUGCAGCAGGAGGUUUUCCGAGGUUUUGGGGCGCGGUCAUGGUGUCCCAGGCAGAGGUCUGGGACCCCUUCCAUGCAGGCACACUCCUCUCGCAGUUGAACGAGCAGCGGCUGGCUGGCCCUGCACCCUUCUGUGACAUCACACUUAUCGCCUCUGACGACGCCAAAUUCCGUGCACAUCAGAGUAUCUUGGCCGCAUCUAGUCCCUACUUCCGUGAGCUGCUGUCCUCUCCACCUCCAGCUCCUUCACUUUCCCCUUCAAAAUCUGCUCUCCCUAGGAAGGACAGGGUGCUGGAAUUGCCCCAGCUUCAAUCUAGAGUGCUGUCUGACCUGCUGGAAUACAUCUACACCUCCCGUGUUCCCCAGCACAGUUCAAAGGGGACACAGCAGCUCUCUGAGGCAGGCCGAAGCCUGGGCGUGCCUUUUUUGGCUGGCCUUGAGGAGAAAGAUUUGAGUCUUUUCAAAAGCAAGAUCGGGCAGGAUAAAACUGACAGAAUGGAAGGAACAGACAAAGUUGGCAUUGCCAAGAGCUCAAAAACAUAUUUCUCUGUUCCCCUCAGUGUGCCUUUCCCUGACCUCUCAGCACAAAAUCACGCCCCCACUUCCCACUCCCCAUCCUCUUCUGCGUGCAUAACAGACCCAAAGGAGACUUCAUGGAAGUUAGCCACUAAGGUAGAUAAGAAAAUACAGCAUAUGCCUGGCCAUUCACCAACCUCCUCAGCCUCCCCCAUUGACCUAACUGCACCUACCAAGAAAGAUCCCCCAUCCGCAUCCCCCUCCUCAGUGACCGGCACUGUUCCACAGUUUAUGAACCUCCCACUGUUGCCUGCUCACAGGACAGGACUGGUUUUUCCAGCAGGGGGGAAGUGUGACAGCUUCCCUGCAGGCAUGGACUCUGAGUGCUCCACCACAGAGACAGCACAGAUCCUGUUCAACCUGAGCACCAUGGCCUUCCAGGGCCAGGGGGCACUAGAGCCAGACAGAAUUGAUCGUGGUUCAGGAGUCAAGCAGGGGAGAACAGAAAGCCCAUCAACAGGACCAAGCCUGACCCAACCUAACCCUCUUCCUCUUCCUCUCACUCCCCCACCACCCAAGGACUCCUUAUCUGUGUCCUCAGAGCCUGAACUCCUAUGUGGGGUCUGCCACCGCCUCUUCAGCUCUGCCUCUUCCCUCACUGUCCACAUGCGGCUUCAUCGUGGGGGGCGAGCUCUCAGCUGUCGGCACUGUGGCAAAGCCUUCAUUCACAACAAGAGACUGCAAUCCCAUGAGGCUGUCUGUAGACAUGCUUCACCUGCCCUGCAUGCCCCCACCAAGCAGGAACCACAAGAGGACAUUGAGGAGAGUGAUCAAGGAGGAGGACAAGAGGGGCAGCCAGAGCAAGGUCGCAUUGGACCUGGGCGACCCUUGAAGAAAGGACGCCCUUUCCUGGGACGACACCACCGCCCCUUCCCUCGAGCUGAUCUGCUGGCUGAGGAGGACCACUUUGUAAAGGUGGUGGAUGGACACAUAAUUUACUUCUGCACUGUGUGUGAGCGCUCCUACAUGACACUCUCUAGCCUCAAGCGUCACUCCAAUGUGCACUCCUGGCGUCGCAAGUACCCUUGCCACUUCUGUGAUAAGGUCUUUGCCCUUGCAGAAUACCGUACAAAGCAUGAGGUCUGGCACACAGGUGAACGGCGUUACCAAUGCAUCUUCUGCUGGGAGGCAUUUGCCACCUAUUACAACCUCAAAACUCACCAGAAGGCCUUUCAUGGUAUCAGCCCUGGCCUCAUCUCCAGUGAGAAGACAGCUAAUGGUGGCUACAAGCAGAAGGUCAAUGCCCUCAAGCUAUACCGGCUGCUACCAAUGCGCUCCCAGAAACGACCCUACAAGACAUAUAGUCAGUCCCUUACAGAAAGUCUGCUGUUGCCUCCAGAAUCUGCAAAGCCCUUGUCCUUACCCUUGGACUGUAGUUUGCCUACACCCUUGGGUCCCAGUCAGCUACAGUCACUCAUCAAUGACAGCCAUCCCACAGAUUUACUUGCUGACCCCAGUAAGUUCACCUUUGGAGUUAACUCAGACAGCAUAGGUCUGGGGGAACCCUCAAAACUCACAGAUGCUAAGUUAGAGGGGCACUUGAGGAUAACUAAGGAAGAGGUAACUGAUGAAGAGCAGGCAGGCAGUAGUGGGGGUGGUAUCCUACCGGGCAGCAGGAAUAUACAACUAUCAAGGGACUACUGCGGCUCAAAGGCUCCCGUCUCUUCCGUCAUCACCUAUGGACAUCCUAAACCUUCGGUCAUCAAGCAUGGUACCGCUAUCUCCUCCUCUGUCAUUGUCCACAGCAACCAAAUCUCCUCUGGGGGCGACAGAAACUUCCUAAACUCAAAUUCAACCUCUGGAAACAGUCAACUACCCUCUAAAGCAGCCCAUCGACCCAUGAAAAAGCAGGUACUGAAGAACUAUGUCCAGUCUCAGAAAGAGGGGGAGGGAGUAUCCACUGCAGAGGAAGAGGGGGACAAGGAGGUAGUGGCAGGGGAAGAAAAGAGUAAACCUCAGAAGGGCCGCAGAGCCCACAACAAGGGAGUGACCUACACAGCAAAGCCAGCCUGCGUAGCAGGGGUGGCAGAGAUCAGGGGUUCUGCGCCACUUUGCCAGAUCACUGUGCGGAUUGGGGAGGAGGCUAUUGUUAAGCGGAGCAUCUCUGAGACAGACCUUAUGAGAGACAAGAGUCUAUCACCAAGCAAAGCCAAAAAGACUGAUGCCAGCUCACAAGACCCAACAGAACACUACCACACCCAUGCCCACCACCACCGUCACAGACAUCGUUUGCACCGCAGUGCCAGUGAGCAGGAAGAGGGGGAGCCUGAGAGGAAGAGCCCCAAAGCGCCCAAGAUAGCUAAAGUCCGGGAAUACUAUUUCCGUCAGGAGGUUAGAGAGGAGGAAAGUGACCAGGAUGCAGAGGACAACCUGUGGCGGCCUUACUAUUCCUACAAACCCAAGCGAAAAUCCUUGCAUGUACAAAAAGUGAAGAAGUCUACCUGGCAGCGUCACCUGCGUUAUAAGCGUUCCUUGAGGUUAAUAAGAAGGACAGAGAGGCUCACGGACCACAGCAUUAAGGAGGGGGAGGAAGAUGAGGAAGAAGAGGAGGAAGUAGAGGAAGAACUAGUAAAAAAAGAGGGAACAGAAAGGCAUGAAGAAUCUUCAAACACUAAUUCAGGUCUCUCAGUAGACAAACAGCAACAGGACAUUGCAGAGGAAAAUGAAUCACAGAGUAGGAUACGCCCCACUAAGUCACUCACAGAAGCCAAUUGCACAAGUAGACAAGAGCAUCACCAAACAAUGAAGAGGGCAUCUGAGUGUGGGACCUGUGGGCGCUGGUUUUCCACUGCCCGAAAGCGGGACAAGCAUGAGUUAACACACCUACUGGAGUUUGUGUGCCUGAAGUGUCGUGAGUCAUUCUCCUCCCAGGCCCAGCUGGAUGAGCACCAGAGAACCCAGCAUGUCCAAGUUGACCACAUUUCCUCCCUGUCACAAAAUCAACCAGUUGACACAGAUGUGGACAUGGUGAUGGAGACCGAAGUGGAGAAGGCUGUACCUGGAAAAGGUAGUCCCGGUCGUGUUGGUCGGAGACCCUCUGUGAGACACAUCUGUCCCCACUGUGGUAAAGUGUGCAAAACAGCUGCUGCGCUGGGUCGUCAUACUAAACGGCAUGAGGUUGACAGCCCCUCUGUAGAUGGAGAGCAUGAAUGUGGGGCUAUAGCCCCCGUCAUAGAGGCACUGUCUACAGCAUCAGCAGAGCCAUCAUCAAGCAUAGAGUCAAAGGCUAAAAAUGAUCAUGCUCAGGCUAUCCCAGUCAUCAAUUAUCCCAAGGUGGCCCCUCUGCCUUUUGAUAACAUUGAGUCUCAAGAUCCUAACUUCUCACGUGAAGGCAAAGCAGAACCCCAGACACUCGGGCCCUUUGGUGAUUCAGAGCACAAAGACAAAGGACCUACUUCUGCCAGCAACGCCAGUCCGCAGUACAAUGAGCUUCCUCAAACCAGCCCCAGCUCAAGACUUGACAGACUUGAAGCCUCAUCGACCAGCCUUCAUAGUGUCCUGGUUUUGAGCAGAAAAGACAUCCUUGACCCAACUUGUUCCUAUAAAAUCUCCAGAGAAAGAAGUGCAGAGGGUCAGAUCAACUGUAAAAGCAGCCCAGUACAAAUGGAAGAAGUAAAAGACACUUCUGUGUGUGGGACUAUGCGAUUGCAUGGAAGAGCCAAUGUAGAAAUAGCAGGGCCCUUGACCAGCGGAGGUGAGGAUUCACAGCGUGGAGUAACUGCCGAUUCAAAGACUGAGGGCACACCCAGUCGGGUGCCUAUGAGGCUCCCAGCUGAACUGGAGGAGCCCCGGGUUGCUCAGAACCUCAGGUUACCAGCUAUAUCCAGAAGCUCAAACACUGUCCAUGCACAGGAUCUAACAGUGGCUUCUAUAAUAAGGGAGCGGGAGCUGAGUCACUCUGCCAAAGGGAAGGUAAAGGUCCAGAAAGAGCAGCAGAGAGACAGGGAGACAACUCUCCUAGUGCCUAAGCAGGAGGUAGAGACUCCAGCACCAUCUCCAGAGUACUCCAUCAUACAUAGCCCUGCAAGCACUGUUUCACAGAGACACUCCAAAUCACCCCAUCGUUCCCCAAAUGCCUCUGACCUGUUGGCACGGGCACAUCUGGAGGCACCUUCUUCACUGCAUAGCAGCCGGGGCUCUGAGAGACAGGGACUUCAUCUACCAUCAUGCUCCUCUGGGGUGAAUGAGAAUGCCUCUACUAACACAUUGCUUCAUUCCAGGCUGCCUCAAUCGGAGACUGAACCUGAUGAGGCCCCCUCAUCAGCAACUACAGGCUCUUGUGGCGAGGCUAAGUACCCAGUCCAGGAGUUUCCUUUGCCUCUUAUCAUGCCUGGGGGUUGCCGCUCCAGUAAGAAACAUGAAGACAACAUCCUUGUGUCCUAUCCAACCAACCCUCUUCCUUUUGGACCACUGGGAAAGAUGGGUGCCAAUGGGGACUUAUCAAAGCUACCCUUCUAUCCUGACCCUUACCACCUGCUGUAUAGCCCACAGCUGCUCGCCUACCCCUACAACCUGGCUGCUCUGCCCAUGGCUCUGAACAUGAUGGCCCCAGAGGAAAAGGUGGAACCACUGCCCUUCCUGCCAGCUCUCUUCAACUAUGCUGCUGGCCCAUAUGCAGGCAUGGUGCCACACCAUGUAAUGGCCAACCCAAGCCACUACAGCAACAGCAGUGGCAACAACAAGAAGCGGGACAGCACCAACCCAUAGGAGGAGACACAGCAGUGGAAUAUUUAAAAUGAUGGGCGGGCUUUUGAGGGAGGUGUCUUUGCUCCAUGGUGACUGAAUGCACUUGAACAAUCCCUGCCUCUCUUUUGUAAAGUUAAGUAGUGAUAAGACCUAGUCAACUUUAGAGGAGGGGUAAAGGGUGGAGGGGUUUGGAGGGGGAAUUCAAAGGGGGAGGAUGUAGGACAAACAAAGAAAGACACCCCUCUCCCUCCCCUAUCCAGCUAGCACUUCCAGUACACCUCUCUCCUUUUAUUCUUUCUUUCUGUAGUAGUACUAGAGCUCGAUUAACUGUCUUUCAGAAUUGUUAUAAUAAUAAUAUCUAUAAUAUAACAAUAAUAACAGCUAACAGGGUGUGUGUUUUGCAAAAAUUAGUUCAGUCUGCUUCCCUUUAUAGUGACCGCAAAAGAAAAAAACAAAAACAAAAAAAAAACAGACUGGUUAUGUUUUAGAAAAGGGAUGAGUCUGAAAGGCCAUCACUCUACGUAGUGGAGUUAAGAGUGUAACUUGACUGUCAGUGUGUGAAUGUGGGGGUGUGCAUGUACAUAUGUGUGUGGUUGAAUUAACUUGUGCGUAUGUGUAUGCAUGUGUAUGCGCACACUUGUGCGUGUGUCUUAGCACGCAUGUUCACAUACACAUUCAUAUAUGUGCGUAUUACAGAUUCAUACUUGUGCAAGCACUUGAGUAUGUACAUGUAGAUACAUGCAUUUGUGUGCACAUAAGUGCUUGCUCUAGUGUUUGAUUGUGUGUGUCUUUGUGUGUGUGUGUGUGUGUGUGUGUGUUUGUGUGUGUGUAUGUGCGUGCGUGCAAGCCCAUCUGCUGAAGUAAUGACCCAUUCCAGGGAGAUCUGUGGUCUGACCAUCAUUCCUGUGCUAUGGUCAAGUUGUUGUAUGUCAGUGUGUAGAAAUAUUAGAUCCACAGUCCACCCUGCAAAUUAUGAAGUAGCAAUCCCAGAAGCUAGAUGGCUGGAACAGGUUAUGUAAUAGCAAGAAAGGUAACCCACCAUUAAGUGCAAAGUUUGAAAGUUUGUGAUACCUCUACUAACAGAGAACACAGUGGCCAGGUAGCAUAAAGCCAGUUUGAGGGUCUCCUUUAGUUUUUUAUGUUUUAGAGUUUGCACAAAGCGGCUUGACAUGCUAAAGUUAAACAUUGUUCAUAACAGUGGACACACCGUCAUUAACAGAAUGAAGCUUAUAUGACACUUUAUGUGAAACUGGCCACUGGGCAAGAACUGUAGAACAGAUGCCAGGUCAUGUACUUCCAAUUCUCCUAUUACUCAUCUCAUCUCUUCCAGUAAUUUUUAAAAAAUCAGUCAAACUAAUCUUUAGUGGCCUUUUUCUUUUGUCCCCAGUGUCCCCAAAGACACACUCCAUUUGCUUGGCUGAGAAUGAGAGUAUAAGGGUCUACUGAGAGUGGGGAGCAAGGGAGAAAGAGAUGGAAACACAGUGACGUCUGUGUUAUCCCAGUAGAGUCACAUGGAGGGAAAGUGCAGCCAGGUUUGUAUCUUUAAUGGAGCUUUUUCAGCAGCAACAAAAACCCUCCUGGAUAUUCAUGAGAAGGGGGAGUUUGUGUGAGCAACUUUGUACAUUGAUACAUGCUGGACAGGCACUGUAGCAGUCAGAGAUUGUCCAGUAUUUUUGGUCCUUCCAGCUCUUUAUGUUUCCUCCUGUGUCUGCUGUGUUCAAAUUGAGGGGAUGAUGUCAUCAAAAUUAGACCUGGUCCCUAGCUGGAAAAAAGGCCGGGCAUAACGUCCGCUGCAACGGAGAACCCCACAUACCCCUUGUGGCUUUACUGUUACGUGUAUCUCUGCAUUUUUAUUUGUUUGUUUGUUUGUUUUUUAUAUGAUGUUCUGUUCGUUUUACAUUUCCCCCUUUUGCCAGACAGAAGAGGGUUCUGCAAAAAAGGGUUUUGAGUACACAGAAACAUGAAUGUAAUUUAGUCACGUGUUGAACGAAGUUGAAAACAAAACAAAAGGUAGAUGGAUUAUUUUUUACUGACUUGAAUAAUGACAGAUGAAACAGUCACAGCCACUCCAUGUUUAAGUCUGGUAUAUAUACUGUAGUCAAUAGGAAACAUUUCAAGAAACUUGGGUUCUGUAAUCACAAAGCAUGAGCAGCACUUGCCUCCUUACAGUAUCAACUCCAAUGUCUCGCACUUGCUCCUGUCAGUCUGUUCUUUUCCCCCCGUCUCUGUUUAUUUUCUGUUCUACUCAUCUCCUGUUUUCUCCCAUUAUGUUCCAAAAUAUUAAACCAAAAAGAGCAGCUGCCACAGUUUUCCUCAGUCAGUAUGGGAGCUGUCCAACCUUGCCCCCCUCCCCAUGUCCCAGCACUUUACACCCUGCCUUUGAAGUUUGUACGUCCGAAAGUGUGUGAAGAAACCGCAACACUGUUAGUUUCCGGAGGGCACCGAGCACAGCGUGACAAACUGCAGGAGCUCAUAUGGCACCACUUGGGUGUGGUUACAAGCCUUUUGUGUUGAGAAAAAAGGAAAACCAAAAUAAAUCUGCCUAAGCACUAUAUAUCCAGGGUGUAAUGCUAACUAACGUUUUCAAUUAUGCUCCAGUCAAAUCUCCUGCCUCUUUUUUGUGAGUAAACCAAUAAGGUGAAAUAUAGCCUAGACUUGUUGCAAUCAUACUGCAACAUCUUGAGCGCAUUUUUGAUCAGGGUCUUAAAAAGUUAUUAAACAGACAUACCCCUGCACACAAAAACUAGUUUGAAGUGGCAGCUAUUGAUGUCUCCUAACCCAGUGAUAUGUCACUGUGACAAUUUGGUCGCCUAUGAAAUAUAACAACCCUAGAGCAGGUAUUCAUAUAUUCCACUGGUAUGGAAAGUUCUUGGGGUUCAAUAAGUUAAUUCCAGUGUUUUUCUUAAUUCCAUAAAAUAUGAUCCCUUAGAGAAAGCCUGAAAACCAGCAACGAUAGGAAAAUAUUGGUAUGCUGAAGGAAUUACAGCUGAGUUUUCAGACAUAAAUGUUCAUGUCAAUUUUAGAGUAUUAUAUCUAUAUAAUUCUUUAUUUUGGUAUUGGUGAGGAACAAGAAUGAUUCAAAUCUUCCCCCCUUUCAUUGAAUGAAUUAGGGAUUUUUCAGAUUAUGUGAUUGGCAAUGGAGCUGGAGAAAUAGACAGUGGCUAGAUGUGUUGACAUUUAUUGAUAUUCACUGUUGAAGUCAUGUGCCUACUGUCUGGUAAUGCUUAAUUUUCUGAGUAAUAAUGUAUAAUUGUUUGAACAGCCCACAGAGUUAUGGAUGGCUUUUAAAGCAUUGUGAGGUUGUAAUGUUCAUUGACCACCUCCUAACUUAAUCUGAUACAAAGGCUUGUAGCCACAGAUUGCCCCAUAUACCCCAAAUGUUUCAUUUCUCCAUCAUUUUUCUUUCUCUGUAUUGAUUCUCCUUUUCCCCCACUCUCUCUUCUUGCAACAAUCAAAACAAAUAAAGUAUUAACCUGACAACCCAA